CGGGCCCUGACUGGCGGAGCCGGGGGCGGCUCCGCGGGGCGGGGCGACUCGUCCCAGAGCGCCAUGGCAGCCCUGCGCGCCCUGCUGCCCUGCGUCCGCGGCCCGCUGCACCCCCGGCUCGGCUGCGCGGCCCUGCGCGCCUUCGCCUCGGGUGCCGACUUUCAGUACCUCAUCACAGAAAAGAAGGGGAAGGACGGCAACGUGGGGCUGAUCCAACUGAACCGCCCCAAAGCACUCAACGCGCUCUGCAAUGGCCUGAUAACGGAGCUCAACCAGGCACUGGACGCCUUUGAGGAGGACCCCGCUGUGGGGGCCAUCGUCCUCACGGGUGGGGAGAAGGCAUUUGCAGCUGGAGCCGACAUCAAGGAGAUGCAGAGCCGAACGUUCCAGGACUGUUACUCCAGCAUGUUCUUGAGCCACUGGGACCGACUUGCCCGGGUUAAGAAGCCAGUCAUAGCUGCUGUCAAUGGCUACGCCCUUGGUGGCGGCUGCGAACUUGCUAUGAUGUGUGACAUCAUUUAUGCGGGAGAGAAAGCCCAGUUUGCGCAGCCGGAAAUCCUACUAGGAACCAUUCCAGGUGCAGGGGGCACCCAGAGACUGACCCGUGCUGUUGGAAAGUCACUGGCCAUGGAGAUGGUCCUCACUGGUGACCGGAUCUCUGCCCAGGAUGCCAAGCAAGCAGGUCUUGUAAGCAAAAUUUUUCCUGUGGAGACACUGGUCGAAGAAGCCAUCCGGUGUGCGGAGAAAAUUGCCAGCAAUUCCAAAAUCAUAGCAGCAAUGGCCAAAGAGUCCGUGAAUGCAGCUUUUGAAAUGACAUUAACAGAGGGAAACAAGUUGGAGAAGAAGCUCUUCUAUUCAACGUUCGCUACUGAAGACCGGAAGGAAGGGAUGACUGCAUUUGUGGAAAAGAGAAAGGCCAGUUUCAAAGACCAGUGAGCGCCUCUGUCUCCGCCUUGAAGUCUCUACUUAAAGAGAGAAAAUACAGUCUGACAGUUUUAGAAGCAAAUCAGUCCUUCUCUUGUAAAGGGCUGUGUGGGGGACACUCAGCUCCUUGGGGCUCGUGCUCUCAGUGGUGGGCAGUCUGAACCCAGCGGCCGUGAGAAUCGGCACUUGGAGUGUGUUCACGUCCUGACUAAGCAUAUUCUUCUUAAUCAGAUUCUGCUCAGGACGCCAGGGGGGCUCAGUUGGUUGAGCGUCCGACUCUUGAUUUCAGCUCAGGUCACGAUCUCACAGUUCAUGAGACCAAGCCCCACGUCAGGCUCUGCGCUAACAGCACAGAGCCUGCUUGAGGUUCUCUGCCUUGAGGGUC